AUCAGAAUGAAUGCCAGGUGAACAAUGGUGGCUGUAUGUAUACCUGUAAGGAUCUUGUCAUUGGUUACCAAUGUGGAUGUGCUGCUGGCUUUGAGCUGGUUGAUGACAAAAACUGCAGAGAUAUUGAUGAAUGUCAAAAUCCUGGGACCUGCAGCCAAGUUUGUACUAAUACCAUAGGGAGCUAUGAAUGUACAUGUCACAAAGAAUAUCACUUGGAUCCAGUGAAUGGCCUUUGCAAGGCAAUGGGAAAAGAGCCUUACUUGAUCUUUACCAAUCGUCAUGAUAUCAGGAAAAUGGGAUUGCGCCAAAUGGAAUACACCCAAGUGGCCUGGAAGCUGAGAAAUGCUGUAGCACUUGAUGCUGAUGUUACAACACAAAGGAUCUUCUGGGCUGAUCUAGGACAGCAAGCAAUAUUUAGGUAUGCAUUUAAACCAAGCUCUAACAAAUGUUUCAUGAUACUAGUCUAG